AUGUCUCCAUCGCUGGUUGACCUCCCUGUCACCACCACCAAGCCCACUCUUACUAUUGCCCUUCCUAAUCCCUCUUUACAAGUCACUGCAGACCACAACAUCAAGCUCGUCGAGGCUCCUGUUUACGCUCCUCAGCGAGGCCAAGUUCUCCUUCAAAUCAAAGCAACGGGAAUCUGUGGAUCCGACCUUCACUUUUGGAAAUCCGGCCGCAUCGGUCAACUCGUCUUCGAGGAUGACUGCAUCAUCGGACAUGAAGCGGCGGGUGUAGUUCUGAAGUGUGGCGAGGGAGUGAACAAUUUACAGCCUGGCGACCGAGUGGCCGUGGAACCGGGAGUUCCUUGCGAAAACUGCUUCCUCUGCGACGAUGGACGGUACAACCUCUGCGAGGACGUUCAGUUCGCCGGUGUGUAUCCGUACGCCGGCACAAUCCAACGAUACAAAGUCCACCCGGCCAAGUGGCUUCACAAGUGA